AUGCCGUUCGGGUUGAAGAAUGCAGGAGCAACAUACCAGCGACUCAUGAACAAAAUUUUUGAAAAACAAGUGGGUAAAUGCAUGGAGGUGUAUGUAGACGACAUGGUAAUUAAAUCCCUUGCAUUAAAGCAACAUCUUGACCACUUAGAGGAGGUAUUCGGAGAAGCCAGAAAACAUGGUAUGAGGUUCAAUCCUGAAAAAUGUACAUUUGGUGUAGCUGGCGGUAAAUUCCUGGGCUUCAUGUUGUCCGAAAGGGGGAUUGAGGCAAAUCCCGACAAAUGUAAAGCCAUCAUCGACAUGGUCAGCCCUCGCAAUGUCAAGGACGUGCAACGACUGACCGGGCGGAUUGCAGCCCUGGCUAGAUUCUUGCCAAUAAUGGUAGAAAGGUCUCGGCCUUUCAUUGAAUUGUUGAAGAAAUCGCAAAAAUUUGUGUGGACCAAUGAAUGUGAGGACGCCUUUGUACAGUACAAGCAUGUGCUGGCAGCACCACCUGCGUUGAUUAAACCAAUACCGAAUCUGGAAAUGAUUGUUUAUUUGUCCGUGUCCGAUCACGCCGUCAGUUCGGUUUUACUUCAAGAAACACCCGAACCGAACCCCGUAUAUUUCGUUAGCAGGACACUUCAGGGUCCUGAAUCUCGGUACCAGUUAGUAGAGAAAGUGGUACUUGCCUUAGUCUACACAGCUCGUCGGUUAAGACACUACUUCCAGAGCCAUCGAAUGAUAGUCCGUACAGAUUGUCCGAUGGCCAAAAUUUUGAGAAAACCAGAAUUGGCUGGUCGGUUGGUGACAUGGACAAUUGAAUUAUCCCAAUAUGACAUCCAUUUCGAGAACCGACGCCCCCUUAAAGCCCAGCUGCUAGCCGACUUCAUCAACGAGUUUACGACACAACAUAAUACCAUUUCAGACAUGUGGAACCUGCACGUUGAUGGAUCAUCAAAUCAAUCAGGCAGUGGAGCGGGGGUCAUUCUUGAAGGACCGAAUGCGUUCGCCAUUGAACAGUCUAUCCGGUUCGGAUUUAAGGCAUCCAACAAUCAAGCCGAAUAUGAAGCUUUACUCGCCGGUCUCAGGCUAGCAAGGGAAAUGGGGGUUAAACGCAUUACUGCUUGGAGUGAUUCAAAAAUUGUAACCGAACAAGUGAACGAUACCUAUCAGAUCAGGGACUCAGUCAUGCUUAAAUAUUACCAGGAGGUUAAGAAAAUAAAAAUUGAGUUUGAGGAGGUAUGCAUUCGGUACACACACCAAAACAUGAACGCACGAGCCGACAGGCUAGCUAGGCUGGCUAGCCAACGGAAACCAGGGCAGCUGCAGAGCAUGGUUCACCAACAAAUCCCCCAACCUAGUAUCACCAAGCAAGAAUGCAUGGACAUAGAAAAUUCAUCUCAUAAUUGGAUGACCCCUCUUCUCCGAUACCUCACUGAUGGCAGUCUCCCGCAGGACGCAGCAGCAGCUAGGAAAAUUAAAGCACAUGCAGCCAAAUACCUUCUUCUCGGCAAAGAAUUGUAUCGAAGAGGAAUUUCCACCCCCAUGCUUAAAUGCCUAGAAGACGAUCAAGCUAAGUACGUGAUGAGAGAAAUCCAUGAAGGUAUUUGUGGAACCCAUUCGGGCGGAAGAACUAUGGCAGUCAAAGUGCUCAGGGCCGGAUACUACUGGCCAACAAUAACUCAAGACUGUCAGUUGUUUGUAAAAAUAUGCAUUCCCUAUCAACAACACGGCCCUCACCUGCGCCAACACGCCGAUACCCUUCGGCACAUUAGCGCUCCUUGGCCCUUCGCUAUUUGGGGAAUGGACCUCCUCGGUCCUUUUCCCUUAGCAAAAGGGCAAUGUAAAUUUCUCCUCGUCGCCGUGGACUACUUUACCAAAUGGAUUGAGGCCGAACCCCUAGCAUCGAUCACGGCCCAUAACGUACAAAAAUUCACUUGGAAAAACAUCAUAACACGGUUCGGUCUCCCUCAUGCACUAAUUACAGAUAAUGGGCUUCAGUUUGCAAAUCGACGAUUCAACGAGUUCUUGGCAGGCCUGCGUAUCAAACAUAGAGUUACAUCUGUUGAACAUCUACAGACGAAUGGCCAAGCCGAGGCUGCAAACAAAGUGAUCUUGCAUGAAUUAAAAAGGAGGUUGGGUUCGGCAAAUGGAGAGUGGGCAGAGAAGCUGCCUGAGAUUUUAUGGGCCUAUCGGUGCACGCUGCAGACCACAACAAAAGAAACCCCCUUUCGGCUUACCUAUGGUACUGAUGCCAUGGUGCCGGUAGAAAUUGGAGAGCCGUCAUUCAGGAGAGAGAAUUUCAAGGAAUCGGCCAAUGAAGAGGCUCUGGCCGUCAACCUGGACUUGAUAGAUGAGAUCCGUGACCACGCUGCCAUCAUGACCGAGGCUAGUAAAAGAAUGAUAGCUAGAAAAUUCAACUCCAAAAUAAGUUCACGACAAUUCUACAAAAACGACCUGGUAUGGCAAGUAACCGGGGACGCGCGCAAGAAUCGACAAGAAGGGAAGCUGGCCGCCAACUGGGAAGGCCCCUUUCGGGUAGCGGCAAGAUUAAAUAACGGAGCAUACAAAUUGGAAACCUUGGCAGGAAAAUUAAUACCAAGAACCUGGAAUGUCACUCAUUUAAAGCAUUAUUAUAACUAA